AUGGCCGAUCGGGAGGCUCACUCUCCCAUUUUGAAGGCCAGCGAGGCCUCCGGAAAGGAGAGUCAGCCUCUGCUCCCUAAGAAGGCCAAAGCAUCAGCUACGUACAAGCAAUUUUGCUGUUGCUCUCUGGGGACAUCUGUGACGAUAUGGGCGGUCUUCCUACUGGCAUUUUCCACCUAUGUCCUUUUCGAUCCCAAUGUUUCCGGUGCAGCAUACACAGCCGGUGGGGUGGUAGGGAUCAUCACCGCAAGCCUACUACUCUCUGCAAUAGGAAAGGCAAAUGCUUUCCCUGCUUUUGUGGCAGUGUACACUCAAAUCGCUCUGAACAUCAUAUGGGCCCUGCAGCUCGGCCUCACCAUUUACCUCUACUGGAGAGUCCAGCAAGAUGCUCAUGACAGAUCAACCUAUACAAUCGCUACAGCUGGCUGGCGGCAGCAUGGAGGCCUGGGACGAAUGCCUGCAGCUCGCCUCCUAAUUGUUGACCUACCACUGAGCGUCGUCCUAUGCGCUCGCAUUGCCCUGCUGGGGACACUUCUGCUCGUGUCUCAUGCCAACCUGCAGGUCCUAUGGAGCUUCUACCGUGUUCUGCAAGCUGGAGGGACCACUUUCGAAUAUAAAUCUGCAGAAGAAAUCGAAGAGCAGGUUCUUCAAGCCCAGCUCCCCAGCCUGCCGUCCGCAUCACCUACGCCGCGGCCGUGGAGCCUUCCAGCGUAA